AUGGACGGCAGACAGACGGAUUAUCCGCAGUCAGGUUUGAGCGAACCCUACCCGUCUUUCCCAGAACCUGCCUCUGAAGGUUCCUCUGCAGAUCAAGCAUCUGCUGCGCCAUACCCCCCGGGCCAAGAUCCACGCGCCGCCAACUUCUCCCCAGCGCAAACCCCAAGCUCCGAGUACGGCAUCAAUCCCUCGUCGGCGCGUUCAGGCUCCUUCCCAGAGUACAUUCAGCGCUCGUAUCAAUCCAGCGCUCAAGGGGCACCCGCUGGAGGUAUGGCGAAUCCAACAAGUCCGUCUCUGCCUCUGUCAGAUGGUCAAGCCAAUGACAAUCAACACAACAAGUCUGACUCCGACGUACCUAUAGAUCCAUCAAUCGCCACAGGGGCGAGUCCCACGUAUCCUCCGCACCAGCAGUACUCUCCGUACCCGCCGCAACACGAAAUGCAGCAUUAUCAGGGGCAUCCGCAGACCCCAAUGUACGGGGCGCGUCCAGAAUGGGCGGGGCAAUACCCUCCUCCUCACAUGCAAUACGGUCAUCCGGCAUCGUCUGGACCGCCAGCACAGUCAAUGGUUAGUCCGGUCCAGCGACCACCUGCGGGCGGGCAUCCACUUUCGACCGUGUACUCAUUUGUUCCGAUUCCAGGCGCGCAACAGCACAAGCGACCGCGACGAAGAUACGAAGAAAUAGAGCGAAUGUACAAGUGUGGCUGGAACGGGUGCGAAAAAGCGUACGGAACCCUGAAUCAUUUGAACGCGCAUGUUACGAUGCAAUCGCACGGGACAAAGCGAACUCCAGAAGAGUUCAAAGAGAUCCGCAAGGAGUGGAAGGCGAAGAAGAAGGAGGAAGAGGCUGCGCGCAAGGCUGAUGAGGAGCGGCAACGUCAGGCUGAGGGUCGUCACGACAACGGUUCCGAGACUCCCGUCUAUGGCCAGAUGCGUGCCAACAUUGGCCCACCACAGAUGGGCGGCCCUCAAUUGCCCCCGAUCGGCUAUCAAGCGGCAGCUCCGGGCCCGCAGGCGCCUCAGUACGGCACUCAAAGCCCAGGUCUCGACCAGGGAAUGGCUCAGUAA